UUUAAUAUUGUUUUGUGUUCUGGGCCAGGUUUCAUGUAUUGUGUUGAUCCCAGCAAUGAAUCAAUAUGUUAGUAAGAGCAAAUAGCAUACCAAUUGUGCAAAUGUGUUGCCUGGAGGUUGAGGGUCGGCUUGAUGAAUCAAAUCAGUUCCAUUAUUUUCAAAGACAAUUUGUAUUUGCAUUUGCAUAUCAUUUAGAUCUUGUACAUUUGAUGAAAACAUUGGAGACAUAUAGAUGUACUGCUUUAAACAAACCUGAAUGUGGUAUGUGCUAAUUUAUCAAGAGUAUCACUAAAUACAGGCCCUAAAUGCACCACUACCCUUCAAUCCUGUAUUAUUUGUAAAGGAUAUAAAUCUACACUACAUUGGAAAAGCAAAAAGAAGCUUGGACAAUUGCAUUAUUGUGCUCCUACAUCACAUCAGAAUCAGAUAUUUCUGUUUCAACUAGGCUAUUUCUUCUUUUUAAGUGACAUGCCAUUUUAAUAGCAAAAAUCAUAAAAUGUUUACAACUUGUCAACAAGUAUUAUAUUAGAUGUGCUGAAAAACAUCUAAUGAAUGGGCAACUCAUUUUCCGUUUGAUUCCCAGGGAUCUGCUGCUCAAGAAUAAAACCAUCCUGAUCCUUAUGGAGGGAUGGGCAUGGUUUAGAACCAUAGAAGUACAACCAAUAAAGAUACAAAUGCAACCAACAUUGCUUUGAGCAGGCCUUAGUAAGCUCAGCUUCUUUAUUUUGGCUCACUUUUUCUUCCUUCUCUGUAUCAUUCCACACAAAACAUCCAAUCAGUCAAAAUGUUUCUUUUGUUUUUGUUCUUUUGUUUCAAAGAGCCUGUUAACGGGGAAUAUAAUCACAGUGGGUAAUCCAUGAGAGCAAUCAGGUAGCAGAUGGACUCUCCUGCCAUCUGCUGGAUGUAAGUGGGUAAACAAAUAAAAGAAGACAUCGUAGUUUGGAAUGCUGGAGUAUUGUGUGCCAAUCUUUUGUGGUUGCUAAGGACAGCUGAAACCACAUUGUGUCUGUUGCCAUGGUAAUAGGGAAUGUUUACAGCUGUGGAAUUACAUCAGAGUGUCUCCUUGAGUGGUGCCUCUUCUAGAGUAACCAUAUGACAGCUGGUUAUGGUCAUCUGUGUUCUGUUCAUCAAUGAUCAUACAGAAACUGUGACAAGAAUUAUCUCUCUGCAAUAUUUCUGUAUGUUGCCAUGGUUAAAAAUGCAAAGAAGACAUGAUAUUCUUGUGUUACAUUGGAAUCAUGAAAUUCUGUAUUUGAACUAAUUACAUUUAUUUUUUCUUUAUUCAGUGGGAUGGCAGACUGGGCUGAUUAUAUCAAAGUCACCCUUAAGGACAAGCUCAUAAAGGAUGUAGCUGUGGUAGGCUUUUACAACAACAAAGCUGUGUGGGCCUCUAAGCCUGGAGGCUUAAUGGCUGCCAUCUCUCCCCUGGAGGUGGAUGCUCUGGUGGGGAGAGACCGAGGGAUUCUGCUGAAGAUGGGGGCCACCGUUGGAGGACAGAAGGUCCUGGUCAUUCGAGACUGCAUGGUCGGAAGCGAGUCGGAACCGCACUUUGUGGACCUGCGAACGAAGGGUACUGAUGGGAUGGCCAUCACAGUGGUGCAGACGCAGAAGGCUCUGGUGGUUUUGAUGGGUAAAAGAGGUGUGCAUGCAGCACUGAUAAACAACAAGGCCUGUGCAAUGGCACACUACCUAAAGGACCACGGUGUGUGAAAACUACAGGACAAACUGCACGAAAGGCUGAAAAAAUAAAACCCUCUAUAAAAUAAAAAUGCUGAUUUAGUCUUUCUUGAACUAACUUUUUAGUUUAAAAUGAUCCACUGCUACAUUGUGAUGGCAUCC